UUUUGUAUCAUUUAUUAAUAUGUGUUUCAAAUUGAUAUCAUUUAUUUUUCUGAUACUAUUUAUAUGAUGUAAUAUGAUCCUUUUUUGUAGUGUAUCAUACACUUUUCUUGCAAAUGCAAACCUAAAAAUACUACAAAAUCAUACAAAAAAUAAUAACCUAGAUCACAAAUAAAAUAUGUACCGACCCUAGUAUUCUAUAAUAUACAGAUGUAAUAGCUCGUAUGCCGUACGUAGUUAAUAAGAACUCAUUGUGGCAAACGGCUCACUGAAGAAAACAAUUAUAACACUUUUUCUUUCUGUGUAUUAAAUGUUAGUAUAUGCAAGCUUAAUUAAUCGAUUAACUGAAGUUCCAAUGUAUCUAAAGCAAUUUUUUCUAAUAUUUUAACUUGUUCCUCAAUUUUUUUUCCUUUGGAGACAUGCAUGUUGACGCUGCUGCUAAGCUCAAGAACAAUGUAACUUUAACUUAACUAAGUUUUUUUUUUUUUUUUUUGGUAGGAACUAAGUUUUUUUUUUUUAACUUGCCUUAUAACCUAACUAAUUUUGUUACUCAUUUAUGUCUAUAUAUGGUAUAUCCGUAUUUGUGUUGACCAAUAAAAAAUUAAAAACUAAUAUAUAGGCGUUGGGGGCAUCAACUAAAUUGAUUUUAAUAUUCCUUAUCUAUAUACUACAAAUACAAAUUUAGCAGCCACUUAGAGCAUCAUUAACGGGGUAUAUUAAUCCCGUCUCUUAGUGCUAAUAGGAUUAAACAAAAAAAGGAAAUUAGCAUAAUUGUGAGGAAACGUAUCUUAAUUAGGGGAACAAGAGACGCGUCUUGUGUUUUGCGUGCUUUGUGUGUUUCUCUCUCUCGACAGAAGCACUCCGUGUCUCUCUCCCUCGCUCCAUUUCGUCGAAAUCACCGCGUCUCUCUAUCUCUCCUCGACGACUCUGCCUGUGAUUUCUUCAUUUGUCAACAAUCGGAUGAAGGAUUCAGCAUCUCUAUUGUUGGACUCGUCAUCUAUGUCGGUGGACUCCGCCCCUAUCUCGGUGGAAUCGUCGUAUCUCUCUCUCUCCUCGAUGACUCCGCGUCUCUCUCGCUCUCCUCGACGGCUCACCUCGAUGAAGAAUCACUCCACCUCUCUCUCCAUCCUGUGGCCCUCCUCGACGAAAUCAAAUCGAAAGGUAAAGAUGGACGGAUCAAGAGACAUGAAGGUUCUUCAAAGAAGAGGACUGUGGUCUGGACGGAUCAAGAGACAAUGGCUAUUUCAGGCGAGAGAGUACAUGAGGCUUCACAUGAAGAUACUGAGUCUUGGGAGUGGAAGAAUCACGGUCUGAAAGAGUCUUGGGAGCUUUUGUAGAGUCUUGUAUGCAUAUGUAUUCUUUUAUUCUUGUAUGUCAUGGACUUAAAGAUUCUUGUAUGCUUUUGUAUAGUCUUGUAUGCAUGUGUAUAUGCUCUAUUCUUGUAUGUCACGGAUGGGACGAGUCCUGUAUGCUGCUGUAUAGUCUUCUAUGCAUGUGACGAGUCUUGUAUGCAUGUGUAGAGUCUUGUAUGCUUCUGUCUCUUGUACUCGUUUAAAGUCAUGGAAUGAAUGAAAGUUUUUUGUUUCACGAGACUUGUAUCAUCAUCACAAAUGGCUCAGCUUAAAGUUCAUGCAUUAUAAAUUAUUCAAGCUUCUCUCUCUUGUUCUUUGUAUUCAAGCUUCUCUCUUAUUCACAACCUUUGUUUUCAACCUUAUCUCUUCUUCACAACCAUUGUUUUCAACCUUUAUAAAUUUCACAACCUUUAUAAAGUUUAUCUCUUAUUCACAACCUUUAUAAAGUUUAUCUCUUCUUCACAACCUUUGUUUUCAACCUUUAUAAAUUUCACAACCCUUAUAAAGUUAUAUUAUGGUAUCUUCUUUUCAUAACACUUUUGAAGGAUCAAUUGAUCAUACUUUUGAUCAAUAUUUUGAUCAACAUUUUGAUCAAACAUUCGAGAAUUUUUCCAUUAACUAUGGUGAUCACGAAGAAGAAAGGAAAAGAAGGAAAAAAAAGAGUUUAUAUCGAAAGAAAUCAUGAAGAGGGUGACUUACGUUUAUGGAAUGAUUAUUUCAGUGAAACUCCAACAUAUCCUGAAAAUCUAUUCCGCCGCCGAUUUAGAAUGAACAAGCCAUUGUUCAUGCAUAUUGUUGAUCGACUCUCCAAUAAAGUUCAAUUCUUUCGACAAAAGAAAGAUGGUCUCAGAAGGCUUUGUCUCUCUCCCCUUCAAAAGUGUACAACAGCCAUUCGUGUCUUGGCAUAUGGUUAUGCGGCUGAUACGGUUGACGAAUACCUCCGACUCGGUGAAACUACUACUCGGUCAUGUGUCAAAAAUUUUGUGGAAGGAAUAA